UACACACGGGUGCUGCUGUGUGAGCUGCUUGAGUGCUGCUGUGCUGUGGCGUGUCAUGUAAUGUGUCCUGUAUGGGCUGUGCAGGGAGCUGUGCGCUGGGAGGACAGAAAGCUGGACAUACCAGGAGGACCAUGCAUCUGACUGAGCCUGCUGGGGGUGAGCGUCAUGUAUUUCAUGAGAAAGUGCUGAGGAAGAAGAGACUGUGUGCAGCCUGCAGUGAGCCUGUCAUAUCGCAAGGGAGCGUCUGCAAAGUGUGCAAGAUUACAAGUCACAAGAAAUGUGAAGGGAAGGUGCCUGCUGGCUGCAGCUCACCACCACCUGCUGAUAUGAGGCGAAGAACAGCUCCAGGGCCCAGCAUCCAGCACAUGGGUUCUACAAAAUCUCUUAACCUCAAGCAGCGGAGUUCUUUACCAAGGAGUUUUAGUCUGGACCAAGUUAUUCAGCGUAGCUAUGACUUGGACCUGACGUAUAUAACGGAACGAAUUAUCAGCGUCUUUUUCCCCACAAACCUAGAGGAACAGCGAUACCGCAGCACGGUUCGAGAAGUGGCAAACAUGCUAAGGUCCAAGCAUGAAGAUAAAUAUCUGCUUUUUAACUUAUCAAAGAAGAGACUUGAUAUCACCAGACUCAAUCCUAAGGUACAGGACUUCUUCUGGCCUGACUGCCAUGCUCCUUCACUGGACAUUAUCUGCUCCAUCUGUAAAGCCAUGGAGACCUGGCUGAACACAGACCCGCAACAUGUAGUGGUUUUUCAUUGCAAGGGAAAUCAGGGGAAGACUGGAGUUGUCAUUGCAUCCUUCAUGCACUACAGCAAGGUGUCUGCCAGUGUUGAUCAGGCUCUCAGCACUCUCGCUAUGAGGAAAUUUUGUGAAGAUAAGGUCUCUGCCUCUCUGCACCCAUCUCAGCGCAGGUAUAUAAAUUAUUUUGGAGGUUUGCUGUCUGGAAACAUAAAGAUUAGCAGUGACAUGCUCUCCCUAGAGUGUGUACUAUUGCCAGUUAUCCCUGGACUGCAAGCAGGAGAAGGAUUUCGCCCCUUCUUGAAGAUCUACCAGUCCAUGCAGCUUGUCUAUACAUCAGGCAUCUAUCUGAGUCUUGGAGAUUCAUCUACCCAAAGGCGUCAGAUCUGCAUAAGUUUGGAGCCUGCACUUCUGUUAAAAGGAGACAUAAUGGUGAAGUGUUAUCAUAAGCAAUGCAAGCCCCACGAGAGAGAAGUUCUCUUCAGGCUUCAGUUCCAUACAUGCACUGUUCACAACACGCACCUGUGCUUCAGUAAGGACCAGCUGGAUUGUGCCUGCACAGAUGAAAGGUUUCCUGAUGAUGCUGCUGUGGAAUUUAUAUUUUCUUCUGGUCAUGAAAAAUUGAAAGGUCUGGAGAUGUUGAAAAAAGAUGCUGGCAUUUCAGUAGAUUAUGACAUCACUGAUCCGCUUGUUCGAUUUGAUUCAUAUGAAAACCUCAAUGUGAACCACGAGGACAGCUCGGAAGAUUUCAGUCAUACUCGUGGGCCGUUAGAUGGAAGUCUUUAUGCUCGUGUGAAGAAGAAGAGCACCCCUUUGACAUCCAGUAAUGGGAGCCCAGAGCAGCAUGGCCGCCUCUUGUCAGUCAGCAGUGAUUCUGGCCACUCCUCAGCUCCGACUGAGAAGUUGGAAGAAACACCACAAAAACCACUACCCACAGCAGCUGAGCAGGAAGACUUGGAAAGGCUUUUAGGUGGAUUUGGGGUAGCUGUAAAGCAUGAGGGAGAGUCACAGUACUCUCAGGUAUUAAAACUUGAGGAACUACCCCAAAAUGGAAAUCAGAGACAGAUUAUGGAUGGAAGACCACAGAAUUUACAGCAUCACCUUCAUCAGGAUGGAACACACCAAAACACCAAGACAAAUAUGAAUGGACAAGCAAAACCUCAGUGUUUGCCAACUUGGUUAUUAAUGCAUGAAGACAGAACAUCUCAAUGUUUACCUUUGGCCGCCACAUCCUGGGAAGGACAAAGAGAUACAUCUUGUGAGGCACAAUGGGAUGGCCAGAGGGAACGUGAGGCAGCCAUACUAGAGGAAGAAAUAGGGCAGUUUGGUGGACUUCCAGUGUACGCAGCAAGGAAACCUAUGUUAUCUAGACACUGUUCCUGUAGGUUAGGGUGUGCAGCUCCUACUGUUGAAGGAUCUUACUUUAGACCUGAGGGUAUGCUUGAAACUCGAGGACUGUCAGGGCCAGGUGCUGUGCUGCAAGCUACCCAUUUCCCUGGGAUUUAUGGAGAGCAGGAUAGAAGGAGAUUAAUUCGCUCUUUGUCUGAGGGGCCACACCAUUAUCCAACCCAGCCACAGAGUCCACCAAAGAGAGGCAGCCUGAGGGAAAACCGUCAAUAUGUAUACCAACCUAAUCCACCCCAUGAGCCCGUUUUGCCUUCACAAUGUCUCUGCCCUCAUUGCCAGAGCUCAGCAUGCUACUCUCUUCCAAAUAUAUGGACAUUGGAAGGAAAUAAAAUGCCUCCAGUACAACCUUUUCAUCAUGGUGAACUUUCUAUGCAUUAUGGACAAAAUAUCUUACCCAGCCAUGAUAGUCGAACACCUUUCAAAGUACCCCAGGCAAAGAUGAAUUAUGGGUACCCAAUUUCUCAUGGGGAAGAAAUUGUGAACUUUAACCCUUUCACAGAGGGUGGUUAUGGGCAUGCAUACCCUCAAUUCCUGCACCCUUCUUAUCUUCCUCCAAUGUGUCCAUCCAAUGGUUAUGGUUCCCAUACUUUUUCUACGUGUGUCCCCCCAUAUGGUCCUGCUGGGGGUCAUUCUCCUCCUCCUGGCGCUGUAUCUCCUAUAAUUCCCUUUAGUUCUGCGGCUAGAAGAAUGAGUGGUGAUGACGUAUCUGUAGACAGUUCAGGGGAACACACACCCGUACAACAACAUCAGCAAGAGCUCAGCAACAGUGUCACUCAAGAGAUUACACAGAAGAGUAGAGAGACAACUCCAGCUAUCAGUGCAUCUGCCAGUGUACAAACCAACUCUAUAGUACAUGGACAAAGUCCCCUGCACACAAGCACUCCUCUGAACACUCAGGGCCAUGCACAUACACAGAACCCAGUACACACCAAUAAUCCAAUGCAAACAAAGGAUCUCACUUAUCCCCAAAACUACAUGCACACAAGUACUCCAAUAAGCACUUAUGGAAAAACUGUACAAACACACAGCACAGUACACAUGCAGAGUUCACCUGUACAAACAUAUGGUCUUGCACAAACACAGAGUCUACCUGUGCAAGUACAUAGUCCUGGAUACCAUGACAAUCCAGCUGUACAGGGCCAUAGUUUUAGGCACACACAAAGUCCACCUGUACAAAUGAAUAGUACUAGUAACGCAGAAACUACAGCUGUACCAUCAUAUAAUAUUAGAUACACAAAACCUUGUAACUUAGAGCACACAGAGAAUCAUGUUGUACUUUCCUAUAGUCCAGUGCACUCACAAAGUCAGAUAGUUAAUUCCCAUAGCCUUGGGCAUACACCAAGUCCACUUGUGCAAUCACAUGGUCUUGGCCAUGAUCAUAGUCCACCAGCACAAUCCCAUAAUCAUCUGCAUUCACAAAGGCCACCCAUGCAAUUCUGCUCACAAGGUUUACCUACACAAGGACAAAUUGUUGGGCAAACACAUAGUUACCCCUUGCAGUCCUAUAAUCAUAUGACUACACAGAAUCCUCCUACACAUGGUCAUAGUCCUGGGCACACACAAAGUUCACCUGUGCAGUCUUACAGUCCAGGGCAUACACAAAGUCCACCUGGGCAGUCUCACAGUCCUAUGCACACACAGAAUACACCUGUGCAGUCUCACAGUCCUGUGCACACACAGAAUACACAUGUGCAGUCUCACAGUCCUGUGCACACACAGAAUACACAUGUGCAGUCUCAUAUUCCUGUGCACACGCAGAAUACACCUGUGCAGUCUCACAGUCCUGUGCACACACAGAAUACACCUUUGCAGUCUCACAGUCCUGUGCACACACAGAAUACACAUGUGCAGUCUCACAGUCCUGUGCACACACAGAAUACAUAUGUGCAGUCUCACAGUCCUGUGCACACACAGAAUAUGCUUGUGCAGUCUCACAAUCCUGGGCAACAAGGCACACUUGUGCAAUCUAACAGACUUGGGCACAAACAGAUUCCAUUUGUGCAACCUCAUAGUUCUGGGCACUCAGUAAAUCCACUUGUGCAAUCCCUAAGCCCCCAGCACACACAUGCCUCUCUACCCAUGCUGACAAACCACGUUCCACAACAACAAAAUACAUCUGUGCAAUUGCACAGUGCUAUAAAUACACAAUAUCCAGAUGCUAAAAAUGAUUCACCUACACAGAAAAACAGUCCCACAAACACACAAUGUCCAGCCAUGCAAACCAAUAGCCAAGUGCAUACCAAGGGCUCUGCAAUACAAACCUACAGCUCUGAGAAUAUACCAAGCACAACUGUACAAGGACAACAUCGUAUACUGACACGUGAAAUACCUGUGCAAGUGCAUAGCGUUGUGCCAGCACACAGCUCUAGUGUACACCCACAAAAUCUGGCUGUUCAGACAGGAAUUCCAUGUCACUCACAGACUUUACCUGAAGCAAAUAGCUCUCAGCAAAUAUCAGACAAAUCUCAAAUCACUGUGAGCAAUGGUGCCCCAUGUGUGCACACGCAGAGUCAGCUGGUGCAGACAGACUGCACUGUGCACACACAAAGCCCUCCUAUACAAACACAUGUCUCUAUUCAAACACAGAGGCAAAUACACAAAAGCGAGCAACCAAAUUACAACCAAGGACUAUCUGUUCAAAACCAGAGGACUGUGCAUACACAGGGUCUCUAUGUGCACACAUCUGACCCUGCUGGUACUGAGAGGUCUGGAUUUACACUUCCUCAAGCAAAUGUUACCACUACUGCUAGUCAAGAAAUGUCACCACACCCAGUUAUCCCACAAACACCUUCACCACCGUAUGCAACUCAUGUUGCCCAACCACAAGUAGCAGCACCUGAAACAAAUUUGUUCGAGGCAUCCAAGGUUCAGACCUCAUCUGAGCAGAGAAAUUGCAACCCCAAUGUCCAAUCACCACCCUCUCCUAACAUUCCUCUUGUACCAAUAAAUGCAAUGACUCUACAAAAGAGAAAUGUCACUCUUUCUCUUCCCACCAUGCCUAUAAAUGGGAUUGGCAGUGAAGCACCAGGACCAACCAGUCCCCAACGGUCACCAAUGGGAAGCCAGUGCGACCUUUUGCCACCAUCUCCAACACCUUUGUUUCCCAUCAGUACUGCCUAUUAUACAGGCAGCCCCUGUCCUCCAAAUCUACAGCCCCCUAGUCUGCCUGAGAAGACCCACACUUUAUCCAGAGGGGAAAAAAACAGGACUCUUAGCCAUCCAAAUGGUCACUCUGAGAGCAGCCAAAGAACUGUAGGACCCACAGAUGGGCAGCAGGAUACUCCUCUGAUAGGCAACUUUGUGCAAGAUUCUUCCAAGUUCUGGUAUAAGCCAAACAUCUCCCGGGAGCAAGCUAUUGUACUACUGAGAGGUGCAGAACCUGGCUCCUUCCUAAUUCGGGACAGUAACUCUUUCCGCGGGGCGUACGGUUUGGCACUGAAGGUAUCCAGCCCUCCUCCAAACAUUGUGACACAGGCAUGCAAAGGAGACCCUGCAGAGCAGCUUGUUCGUCAUUUUCUUAUUGAGACUGGACCAAAAGGAGUGAAAAUUAAAGGCUCACCGAUCGAGCCCUACUUUGGAAGCUUAUCCGCUCUGGUGUCUCAGCACUCAGUAACUCCACUUUCUUUGCCAUGCAGACUGCGUAUACCCAGCAAAGAUCUGACUGAACAAAGUUCAGCAGUCGUGGUUCCUACAAACCUGAGUACAGCAGCUGAUUUACUGCGGCAAGGAGCAGCCUGCAGCGUCCUGUAUCUUGGCUCUGUAGACACAGAAUCUCUGACUGGCCCCCAGGCCAUUUCCAGGGCUUCCACUGCCAUCUUGACUCCUCCCAGAUCUAAUGCAACUACUGUCCAUUUCAAGGUGACUGACCAGGGCAUCACACUUACAGACAGUCAGCGCAAAGUGUUCUUCAGACGUCAUUAUACUGUCUCCAGUGUGACAUUCUGCAGCGCUGACCCACAGGAUCGCAGGUGGACCAAUCCAGAUAACACAACCUCAAAGGUGUUUGGAUUUGUGGCUCGGAAGACAGGCACCACAGCAGAAAAUGUCUGUCACCUCUUUGCAGAACUUGAUCCUGAACAACCAGCAUCAGCCAUUGUCAACUUUAUUACUAAAGUCAUGCUGGGCACACAUAGGAGAUGAAGUGCAGCACAGUCACAGAAAGUUGGUUGGUGGUGUCUAUAUGAAGAAUGUGUAAACGGCUCUCAUGCAUUAUUAAAGAAAAUGAGGAUUAUCCAUGGAGUAGUUAUAGAAGAACUCAGCAAGUCUCCCAUAAAAGCGGUCAGUUUCAGACUGUGAAUUAAGUGUCUUAAUGGCAGUGUUAUUGCACGUGUGAGACUUCCUUGUUUAAUGCACCCUAGAUGUGCUAGCCGCAUUGUGAAGUUGAAAAAGGUGCAAUUCAAUCCUCUUGGGAAGCUACAGUGUGGGAUGGUUGAGGUAUUAUACUGCAUCACAACAUCCAUUUAAAAGAACAAGUUCAGAAGACCGAGGCUUUUAACUGUUAUUUUUUUUUUCCUUUUUAAGAAUAUGUAGGAGCACGCCAUUGUGUUUUCUCCAAAAUGAAAUCUUUGAUCACCUAGUAAACUCUAGAUUUUAAUUUUACAAGAAGUUAUGGUGCCAGAAUGUCUAUUAAUGUUACCCAAGCUUAUAAAGGUCCAAAUGUAAAGCAAUGCAAUCAAAAACACUCAGAAAUGAAGUUCUCAUUGCAAAAAGUAAUUACUCAAUAAAUAGGCAUCAUAAUUAUAAGGUGCAGUAUGUUCUGGGGCACAUAAACAGUAUAUUUGGACUAUGUAUUAUAGAGAGGUGAACUAUCAAUAUUUUACCUUUAGUAAUAUAGGGUCCUGGAAGUUAAAGACUGUAAAGAACCUGCUCACUAUAAAAUAUAUUUGUACGGCUCUUGCCUAGGAAAUAAUGAAACUUUAUAUAAAUUAUAAACUUUCAGAGCUUAUAUUUGCCCUCAACCCCUCUACCAUGUACACUAAUUUUGUCACACAUAAGAAACAUAAUGUAAUACAGUAGUAGAAGCCAUACUUACAUUUUUCAUAAAAUAAUUCUUAAGCUUGGUCCAUGUCAUGAUCAGGAUUAAGCCACUUGGCUUUGAAAAAAAUGUUUAAUAAAGAAAAUUUAACGACAUAAGAAACGUUUUAUAGCUAAGUGCAAUACACAGAAACAACUGUGUACAUUCUUAUAGUAUUGAGCACAUAACAUGCUCAUAAUAACAUCUGCAGAUAUUGAUGGGUUUUACUACAGCUCUGCCCUUUCUAUUUCUUUUGAAGACAGAAAAGCAAAGCACUAGAUAUAAAUUUAUAUUUCUAAAAACCAUUAAGGCCUACAAUUCAUGUACUAUUGUUACUAGGUAUUUCUCCCCUAAAAUAUAUUAAAUACAUAAAACAAAUUUCAACUAGUCCAAGACUAAUAUGAUAUUGCAGCAGACUAGUAAAUUCUCUGGUGUAGCCAGUAUACUUUUUAUGCUCUCUUAUCAGGCAGAAUUUACAUUUUAUUCUCAAGUAGCGAUGGUUUUCUCAACCUUAAUUAUAUUAGAAUAUAUUACAAAUUAAAUUGAUACAAGGAAAAGAUAACAUACUUCUCUCUCAUGAAAGACACAAGCAUUUAAUAUGUCUUUGCUGUGCAUGAGAAGUGAUUUCUUCUUCUUUAAGAUUUGGAAAUAUAGGGAGAAUAUAUAUAUUAAAGUUUAUUUAGACUGUAAUGAAUCCUAAAGUUAGAGUAUCUAUGUUGUAUACAUAUUUUUAUUAAUCCAACAUGCUUACACCGACCUAUAUUCAGGACAUAUGUCUCCAACUCUUUAGCACCUAUUAUAAAACAAUAGGCUAUUUAUAAUCAUAUAUGUGGUUAUUUGUAAUAUCAAUAAUUUAGUUAACAUUGUAAAGUGAAACUGUGCAGCUGGUAUAGUAAUAUUAACGUUUGGUAAAGUCCAUAGCUUGAUUUCGGAAUAUGUAAGAUUUCCUGUAAUAAGAUUUAUACAACAAAAGUAAUUACUUCAUCAAUAAUAGAUUUUGUUAGCCACCAUUUUAAAGAAAUGCAGUAGCUCAGAUGGCUUAUUAAUAGCUCUAUGUCGUGUUGCAGCCAUAUUAUAUUAAAGGGACAUAAUUAUAGUAUGUAGUAGCAAUUAAGCACUGUUGAUUUUUUGUAAAUGAAUGGGCUAACCAAUCACUGUGUAGGUAGUUGCAGGUUCAGGUAAAUUUACCAUUACGUAGGUAUAAUAGAGGCACUACAGCCUCUCUGAGAGGAACAAACAUUUAUUUCUGCAAUGAUAUCGUUUCCUACAUGUUUUUAAAGGAAAUUAAAUGUUGAGCUUUAUGUCCCUUUAAAUAUCUGUUAGUAAAGUAUAAAAAUAACACCCAAAUGAAUUUAAUAAUCCUGGCUAUGUUAUAUAGGUACCAAGUGUUAUCUAGAGAUGUGCAUUGAUGCGGAAGGUGGGUGAUCGUAGCAUUUGGCUCUUUUGGAGCCCGAUUUAUUCUUGUGAAGGUGCAACAUAUUAAAUCCACGAGCGGCCUCCUUCUGCAUUUGGUAGUGAACGAAACUGCAAAAUACACAUCUAGCACCAUCCCUAUAUAAUAAGAUAAAAUCUCUGGUGCCCCUCCCCCCCACUGUCACAGUAGCCCUAAUUGCUACUGUUCCCGCUGUUAACCAAUAAUGCAAAUACCACCAACUCACAGACCCCUAUCUUCAACCCCCUAAUGCAAUUAAUCUGUUAAACCCCUAGCACAUAAUCCCCAACAAUCCAAUCUGAAAGAACCCACCACAAUUUAACCUCCUCCCCUACAUUCCCCUGUACCUUACCACACUACCUAGAUACCCCAACACCUAAAUGUGAACAUCACCACUACAUAAAAAUUAGCACUCAUGGUAUUACCUACAAGACCGUUUGACUGCUGCUAUUAAAAGAAAGACAAGUUUGUGUACUUUACCUACCUUAAUCCUUGUUCCUUAAUUGUCCCUUGUAGUAUGUCUGGUCCAAGUUAGUAGGCAUGGGCAGAAUUUCAUUACUCAUCAUUCAUUAAAACAAAUACUGAAUAUGGUCACAGGAGGCAGAAUUCAAAUGUUUUUAGCACUAAAAUGUAUUAGUGUAAUACACAAAUGUCUAGAUUUGUGAAGAUAAUUGUUUGUUGCACUAUUACACUAAUAAAUCCAAUGCCAUAAUAAAUAGUAAGCUGCGGUUGUGUGUUUAGUAAAUGAAUAAAUUACAAAACCCUGCUAAUGCCUACUUUAGUCUCUCCUUUUGUAGCAAAUUUUCAAGUAAUGGUUUUAACCAAUCAUGAUUGAGAUUUCUCAUGUGUCUCUUUAAACAAUAAUGAAAUCAGCAAGGCUUCUGUGUGCACAUGGUAAUAUAGGUCAUUGGGACCUCUAAUAUUAGUGUUCUAUUAAUGUACAAAUGAUAUAACAGAGUUAAAUAUCUUGUAUUAUGUGGUAGAGCCACAUACCCAAUAUAUGUUCAGGGUGGCUCCUGACCCAAUCACUGAUCUCAGUGUGUGCUGGGUCAGAAAGCAACAUUGAACAAAAUGCUCUAUGGAUUACAUGGUUUUUUUUUUACUUACCUCCCUUAAAUAUAGUUGAUUAGCCAAUAAAUGGCCCAAAAAACUAGACAUGGGCAAAAAUUGUAAUGUGGCCACAAGCAGUAGCAUUCCGCUAUUUUCACCUCUGGAUAUAUAAGUGGGAAAGUGCAAAACACAAAUCUGUGCAAAUCCAGAUGUUGAUGUGUUAAACUUUCACUCCAUUAUAUCUGGCACCAAAAAUAGCCGAAUGUCGCUGCCUGUGCCCAUGUUCGAUAUUUGAUUAGCAAAGCGUCAAAUUACGAAUUUUCACCUGCGUCUAGUGUAAACUCUAACGAAGCUUGGUGUUAUACUGUGGGUCAGUUAUAGGCUGAUCCAAAUAAAUAAAUCAAUCAGAAGUGUAUGGUAUUAGUUACUUAGUUAAAUUAACUUUAAAAGUGCUGUAAAAAAAGUCAGUCAGAUAAACUAGAUAAGCCUGAUCUAGAAGAAUGAUCGCGACAACUAUGAAUGUAGUCAGCAAAAUUCCCAAAAAUAAAACUUCUAAAGCACAUUAUUAAAAUGCAACAGUCACAGCUUAAAUUAUUUUAUUGCAAAUAGUCAUUUUGCUGUUAUACAAUUUAAAUAUAUUUUUGAUGGAAAGAGACAUGGAGCAUGAUGCCCCUUGUUUCCAGAAGUUAUGAAGCAGUGGUCUAAAGAACGCUGCUCCAUAACUUGUCUGCCUGCUCCGAGGCCGCGGAUAGAAAUCAACCUGAUCGAAUACGAUCAGGUUGAUUGACACCCCCUGCUAGUGGGCGAUUGGCCGCAAAUCUGCAGGGGGCGGCAUCGCACCAGCAGUUUACAGGAACUGCUGGUACAAUGAUAAAUGCCGACAGCGUAUGCUGGCAGCAUUUAUCGAUGUGCGGCGGGCAUGAUACGCUUCUUCGUAUCAUUCUGCUAGCACAUUGAUAAAUAUGCCCCUUAAUGCAUUUAUAUUAGGGACUAAUUAAAUUAGAUUAAAAAAACUAGAGCAUAACAAAUGGUUUUCUAUUGACAAAAUUAGGUAAAGUAAACCCUGCACCAUAAUUAGUCAAGUUACAGGCUAUUAAAACGGAAUUUUUAGACACAAACAACCUAACACAAUGAUGUGAUAGUGAAUACAUGCAAAUUUUAUUUUUUGUGCCAAUACCUAGGAACUUUCUACAGAGAAAAAAAUGAUAUAAUAUAUAAACAUAUUUAAUAUAUAUAUGCAAAUAAACGUGCCAGAAUCACUUGUGCUUUUAUAAAGUCAGUUUUUACAACUUGAUUUUUAAUAUAUUUUUUGAGCAAGCUUGGUAAAUAUAUUUUAUGAAAAAGUGUUUCUUAUGUAAAUUGCAAUUGUCAAUAAAAACACUUAUCAAACAGCA